GGGUGGUCGGUGGGUCUGCUAGAAGUGAGACUUGCAGCGAUGAAAAUGGAAUAAGAGAAGGGCGAAAAAACAGCAAAAAGGCUUGAAUUCUAAGCUUUAGCUCUCCCCACAACAUUUCUUAUUUCUUUCUCUGACAAUAAAAUAAUUAUUUCUGCAAGAAUGUCAGGGAGGGGGUUGGCCCUUACUACUGUUUUCUUCGGACCUUGAGGUUCGGAGGUUGUGAGAGAGUCUGAUUUGAGGUGGUUUGUAUAUCUUUCUUCACUCAAAGGAUGCAUAUGUGCUGUGAUCUUGAAGUGGACGUCAAUGGGCAAGAAAUUUUUAUGGUGGAUAAGAAACUGCUUUUGUCAUUUUCAGGUAAAUUAAACAAAUUAUUUGGUAAAUCUAUGGCAACAAGCAAGAACCUUAAAGUGAUAUUCCAUGACUUUCCGGGAGGGGCACAAGGUUUUGAACUCAUGGCAAGGUUCUGCUACAACAAUGGUCAAACUGAGAUAACCCCCUCUAACAUAUCUCUUCUACAUUGUGUGGCACAUUUCAUGGAAAUGACAAAACAGAUCUCUGUAACUGACAAUUUGAUUGAACAAACUGAAGAAUUCCUAGAAGGGAUCACUUACUGGGCCUGGUCUGAACUUCUGGUAGCUCUGAAACAGUGUCAGGAAUUUAUGCCAGCAGCUAUUUCUUCUGGGAUACUUCAGAAAUGCUUGGAUUCCCUCAUAACAAGAGUGGCUGUUUCGGCCACCGAAGCCAGUCCAUUUACGUCUUCUCCAGACAGCUCUGCUUUCCGGUUUUCUUGUGAUACGAGAAGCACUGAAAGUUUGAAGAACAGUUAUUCUCGGGUGAAUUGGUGGUUUGAAGAUUUAGCAAGUUUGAGCCAUUGUUUGAUUGAAAAGGUUUUAAGGGCCAUGAUUGCCCAGAAAUUCGAUCAUGUAAUUCUCAGUAGGUUCCUCUUCUAUUACCAAAAAUCAAGAAUUUCCAAUGCCAGAUCCUCUGAGAAGCGCAAAAUCACAGAGAUUGUUGUUCAGCUGCUGUUUUUGCUAGACCAUAGCUCUGUUUCUUGCAAAAGCUUAUUUGAGAUUCUUCGGGUGGCUUUGAGAUUGAAUGUGAACAAAUGUUGCCGAAACAGAUUAGAGAAUAUGAUCGGUUCACAAUUGCAUCAAGUUACACUUGAUAGCCUGCUUAUUCCAUCCCCACCUGGGACGAAUUAUCUUUAUGAUGUGAAUCUGGUACUGAGAUUCUUGAAAUCAUUUCUCAGCAAGGGAGACUGCUGGGCAUCAUUAACUCGAUUGAGAAAAGUUGCAAGCUUGAUGGAUUUGUAUAUUGCAGAAGUAGCCCCUGAUUCAUGUUUGAAACCUUCAAAAUUCAUUGCAUUAGUCACGGCACUGCCUGAUUCUUCAAGAGACUCCAAUGAUGGAAUCUACCAAGCCAUGGAUAUGUAUCUAGAGGUUCAUUCUAAAUUAUCCGAAGAGGAAAAGAUGAAGAUCUGUUGUGCAUUGAAUUAUGAGAAGCUAUCAUCAGAUGCUCUCAAACACCUUACUAGAAACUCAAAAUUCCCAUCAAGAAUGGCGGUCCAAGCUCUCGUGUCUCAACAUUCAAUGCUCAAAAGCUUGCCCAGGGACAACAACUAUCCCAAAUAUUUUGGUGACUCACCUUGUAGUUACAGUGAGAAGAUAAUUAGGGGGAAGGAAGCUGAGGAAGAUGAGCAACUUGUGCUCUAUGCAAGGAACUUCGAUGUUUCAAUGGAGAAUGAGAAUCUUGGAACACAUUUAAAAGGAAUGCAAUGGAGGGUUUCAGAGUUGGAGAAAGUCUGUAGGAAAAUGCAGACCCAGAUGGAGAAAAUGAUGAAGUCAAGAUUAUCAAGCCCAAGUAGUGCUAGAUCCUUACCUAGGAUGUGUUCAUGAUGUUUGUUUUUUUCUUUUAACAUUUGUUUCUUAUUACCAAAUCAUGGAGCCUGUUUUCAUACAUGGUGGUGUAUCAAGUAUGGUCAACACUUUAGCCAUGAGUAUCAGGUAUUCCUAUCAAAUGGCUGAAGUGUUGAAUGUUCUUGAUACAUGAUUGUGUAUGAAACCUUUCUUGUACAGUCUUAAAUUAGGGUUUUUUAUUGGGUGGGGUUACUUUACAAAAGCAAAGAUGAUUGAGAGCAGCUUCUUUAACAGAAAAAUGCAAUGUUGGCUGUACAGAUGGAGAAAGCUUUGGUUUUUUUUUUGUUUCUUUUCAUAUACAGGAUUCUGUGUAUAUAUGUGUA